GCGCAGUUUGCCGUUUGGGCAGAUCACUUAGGUGGAAGAGAAUCUGCGGAUGUAGUGUGGUUGUGCGGCACAUGCACCCCUCAUUUAACAUUAAAAAAACAACCAAAAAAACAGCCAACUACCCCGCGCCGCACCACCCUGGCGCACUUAUCGCCCGAAACCUUCCCACCUCGGAAAAUAAAUGACCAGAAAAGGUCUCCAAGAAAUCAAACAUCGCAAAGACAAGAAAACGCGCAGCACGACCGGACGCCCGCCUCGGACGGGAGACACAGAUCCAGACCCGGCUCCAACAGGACACACAGAUCCAGACCCGCCUCGGACGGGACGCGCAGAUCCAGACCCGGCUCGGACACACAGAUAGGGCGCCGCCGCCUCCCCCUCCAUGCGUACGCUCACUAUGAAACCGGAGAUCACCGCCGCCGUCGGGUUCCUCUCCAGAUUCCUGCGUAUUAAGGGACAUGUGAACGACAGGCAGCUGCAAACUUUCAGUCAGUGCCUCCAGGACAUCCUGGCCGAGCAGUACCAGCACCACUGGUUCCCGGAUAGGCCCUGCAAAGGCUCCGCCUACCGCUGCAUCCGCAUCAACCACAAGAUGGACCCGCUGGUGAUCCGGGCGGGUCAGCUCAUCGGGCUUUCCAUCCAGCAGCUGUACUGCCUCCUGCCCAGUGAGCUCACGCUGUGGGUGGACCCCUUCGAGGUGUCCUACCGCAUCGGCGAGGACGGCUCCAUCUGUGUACUCUACGAGUCUCAGCCAUCCCCGGCGGGGGGGCCCGCCCCCGACUCCGCCCCAUCCUCCCCGGCUGUCCCGCCGGGCGCCGGGGUCCUGCCCGGAUUGGUCGAUGGCCGGAUCAGCUGCAAGGAGGAGCUGCUGCUGGGAAGGACCAGCCCUUCCAAAGCCUACAGCAUGAUGACCGUGUCCAGCUAAGGGCCUCUCUGCCCUUCCGGGACAUGCUGAGAAGAAAGUGAAGAAAAGCUAAGGAUCUGGACUAUCACCCUGGGCAUGGGAACCUUCUCCUUCGUUAUCGUUUCUCCCCUCCUUUCAUUCUGUCAUUUUUGGUUACAGACUGGUGAGUGGGACGUCUCUCUGUGGAGGGCGGAGAGCGUCGGGGCCAGUGUGUUGAAUGCGUGCACUUUCCAAUGAGCCACCUUCUGGAUACACCCCAGCUCUUUGUUACAACUGAAGAACCAUUUGGCUUGUGUGUGGGUGGGGGGGAUCAUUAGGGUAUCUUCUGAAGUUCAGGCCCUGAGAGCCUCUGCUCUAACAGAUCAGUUUUGUGGACCAGAACAUCAUUUAUUUGCUGCUGGUACAGUCUGUGCCACACCCUCCACGUCAAAAUGGCCAAUUUGAUGUCCCUGAACGUGUUGGGGUGUGCAGCUGAAAUCUCAGGCUGCAUCUAGUGCCCUGUCUCCAGUCUUGCCCAUCAGCUUUGACCCGCCUGUGGUCAGCUCCCUCCAUUUGCUGAAUGUCUUGAGGAUGAUCCAGAGUUUGUUUGGCUUGACCUCAUCUCCCCGAUGUUCUGGAUCCACGGAGGAGCUCGAUGCUCUGAGGGACCCUGUUUCGCUUGAACCUAAAUGCACUUCGACAUUUAGAUUGUGUGGGAUGUACAUUUCAGAGAUGAUAUUUUUAUUAACGACCGCAUUCCAUUUUCUACGAUGUCGUGUUUUAUGGCAGAUUUGUGCCCCUUGUUCUGGCUGAGUACAUUGUGACUCCUCUGUUUACCUGAUGAGCUUCUGAGAUCUUACGAGUUCCUGCAGUGCUGGAGACGCAUAUGAGCUGGAUGUUGGCCUUCCUGAGGUUCUGGAUCUUUUAUAUGGAUUUUUUUUGUCAUCACUGCCAAAGGGGUUUUUUUCACCACAAUUUGAGUUCUCGCCCAGCACUUGGUGGUCCCCCCCCCACCAAGCCUACCUGUGGCUUACAGCUUAAAUGUUGAAUUCUUCCGUUGCUAUCAGUAGUCAGUUUGCAUUAUGAAUUUCAUUUAUUUGGUUAGUGCUCUGUGUGUGUCUGUGUGUGUGUGUGUGUGUGUGUGUGUGUGUGUGUGUGUGGGUGGGUGGAGGGGGGGGUUUGCAGCUCGAUCUCUUCUCCUGUCCCGACUCCCCCCUCCCCACCAGCCACUGGUAUUCGCUAGCCCUCUCUGAUCAGACCAUAAUAACGUGGCUGUUUACUGAUCACAGGGCACUGGGGGGAGGGGGGUAUUAUCUCGUCCUUCUACUCAUUGGGUAAGAACCUGAGCCAUUUCUUUUAUGGAAACAGCCAAGUCCCCCACCCCGCACUCCUCUUUCCUGCCCCCAGAGUGCGCUGUUACAUAUCAGUAGCCCGCGCCCUGCGUUCUGGUGCCCGGGACCUCGAUCAAUCUAUGGCAGCUAUGAAAGCACCCGACCUGGGCCACCAUCGAGCCUGGCAGCGGCGGGUCGAGCCAGCAUGUGCACCGGUCGCGCUCCGGGGGCGAGAAGGAGAAGGCAGGAUUCAGUUCAUUGUAAACGCCCCAUCUGCUGGAUAGUUUGUAACGGAAUUUUUAAACGGCCCCUAAAGCUGUUUUCGUGGAUCAUACAGUGAUGUUGCCCCAGGUACCAGCCGCCAUGCAUGGUUUUUAUGGCCCAUUCCUCCAUAAAAUUCUGUCCUCUGGCCAUAAUUCCCACACCCCCACGCUCAGUUCCAGUUUCCUGUUUCACACAAGUUGUGGAGAAGGUGUUUGGCACAUAAAAUGCACUAAUCUUUAACGUUAGGGUAUGGUGAAGUUUUUCCCAGGAGUCCAAGAAUACAUCUCCAAACUCAGCCUUAGGAAACGUGAAAUCCCUGCCCAAGCAUGAAACCAGAAGGAAAGUUCCAUCCAUUAUUUCACACAUCACUUGUGUGUAAUGCGUGCGUCACCCGGCAAGGACCAAGGGUUAGCGUGUCACGUGUCGCGAUCCGACGGCAGAAAUGCCUGAUUUUAUAAUAACCAAUGUUGUGACAUAAAAAAAAGCUGAUAUUUCUGUUAGAUUGGUGUAUCGCAAGGAAGGCCAAGUCAUUCUCCAAACUCUGCUCAUAGACUAUUAUCCUUUGUUUUAUUCAGUUCUUACACAAAGCAUAAGAUAAAUUCAAAAAAAUAAAACAAUCUAAGCGGCACUCUUGCCCCAUGUCCUGCUGUCAGUACACUCAGCUUCCCCGGCUCGUAUCACGAUGAACUGCUGUAAAUUUGUACAGUUCAUGUAAAUUGAUUGUGAGAAGGUUGUACAGAUUUCUAUAUUUUGGAAAUUUUUUUUUCCUCUCUGUAAUAAAAGAUUUCCUAUCUUGGCAAUUA